AUGAAAGCUGCUAUCAUAUCAGCGCUCGCCAGCACAGCCAUCGUAGCGGCUGCUCCCACGGCAACAAAGGUCAAAUAUGCUGGCGUCAAUAUCGCCGGAUUCGACUUUGGCUGCACGACUGAUGGUACAUGCUCCCUAACCGGAAUGUCGAAGCCGUACGACAUCGUCACGGGCGCCAACGCUGUUGGCCAGAUGAACCACUUUGUUAAAGACGACACGCUUAACACCCUCCGUCUCCCCGUCGGCUGGCAAUUCUUAGUAAACGGCCAGCUUGGUGGAACACUGAACGCGAACAACGCUGGCCAGUAUGAUAAGUUGGUGCAAGGGUGCUUGAAUUCAGGCGCCGCGCUGUGUAUCCUGGAUUUGCACAAUUAUGCGAGGUGGAAUGGGAAGAUUGUCGGCCAGGGAGGUCCGACGAAUGCCCAGUUAGCGGACGUGUGGAAGCAGUUGGCGACAAAGUAUGGGAAGAAUUCAAAGAUCGCAUUUGGAGUCAUGAACGAGCCCCAUGAUAUGCCGGACAUGACAAUCUGGGCCGCCACUGUGCAAGAGGUCGUCACUGCGAUCCGCGGGGCCGGCGCGACAACCAACUUGAUUCUUCUCCCAGGACAGGGUUAUACCAGCGCGGAAACAUUUGUGUCUUCUGGUUCUGCGGAUGCGUUGGCUAAAGUUACCAACCCGGAUAAAACAACGGACAACUUGAUUAUGGACGUCCACAAGUACCUAGACAGCGAUAACUCAGGAACGCACACAGAAUGUGUGAAAGACAACAUCGACACUGCGUUCAAACCUCUUGCGACGUGGCUGAAGACGAACAACAGGCAAGCGAUGUUGACGGAGACAGGAGGAGGAAAUACGGCCAGUUGCCAAAAGUAUUUGUGUGCUCAGCUGCAGUUCUUGAACCAAAACUCAGACGUCUACCUUGGAUAUGUGGGUUGGGCUGCAGGAGGAUUCUCGACAACUUAUGAGCUGAACGAGACCCCGACCCAGAAUGGAAAUUCAUGGACGGAUACAUCGUUGGUUAAGUCGUGCAUUGUUGGCGCUUGGAAGGGCGCAUGAGAGGAUGAGAGGAAAGCGUAGUAACCACUUGAAAAAUGAACCUUUAUUGCAUAUGGUGAAAUAUUUUCUAAAGUGCUUUGUGUUGUGCUACCAGUGGCCUUCUCUGAAAUCAUACAAAGAAAGAUUGCGCAGAGAUGAGCUGCAUUUAGGUAGGGAAGAAAGCAGUUGAGGAAAACUAGACAGUAGAAAGAAGCCCUAAGUUAAAUGACUAAUUGAUAGUUAAUCAGCUAGUAACUAUCG